CCAAGCACUGAGAAGGGAAAAAUAGGAUAGUGAAGGAGAUAUAAAGAAAGAGAGAGGUGGCUGUAAUUGUGAUGUAGUUGGAAAGUCACUCAAACGGUUCGACGUGGGACAUUUAAAGCCACACUGGAAAAGGUCCAAAAGCAGAACUCAAGAGAAAUCAAAGACGCUGGAAGAAGUCUUUGCACAUAUGAGGGACCGUUUACAAACAUAUCAAAAGUAGUUCACGCCAUGACUCGACGCACCAACUGACGAACAGAUCGCGCGCUCCAUAGCACGCGCGGUCCACCUGCACGCGCCGCUCACCCGCACUUGGGGGCGUACCGCACAGCACGCGGACAGCAGCUUCCAGACGCGCUUCACGGCCACUUUCGCACAUUCUUAGCCGAACACAGCCAGAAUAACCAGGGACCAUGACAAUAAACUGGAUCAUUUGAUCUGACAGGAUGAGAAGAGAUUUGCACAGAGGUUAGAAUUCAGUUGGAGUACAGUGCGCAGUGCCAGCUGAGCUCCCCACACCACCUGCCGACGGCGCCCUGCAGUGCCCACACCGCUGCUCCCUGGAAUUGAAAGUACACGUCCCCAGAUAGCUUUCCUGCUGCUGCUAGCAAACACAUCGCCAUAGGAAACCUGCCCGCUUCACUCAUCAUGUCUUCCCCCAAAACAAAGAACAGUCAUAGGUAUCUGGUUGCCUGUUAGCAAAAUCCUCUGUCAGGACUCAAAUCUGAUACUACUGGAGUUAUAAUUCAAAAUAAUGAUAUGACAUGAAAUAAAUUUUAGUCAGUUAGUAUAACCUGGAUUGCAUUUCUACAUAAUUAUUGGUACUGGUUUUAUUUCCCUCAUGGUAUAUAUUAUUACCACAAAAUAAAUAACUCUGUCCAUAAGAAUAUUUAAAAGUAAUAAAAAAAAAAAAAUCCAAAUUAAUUUAACGCUAAAAUGUACUGCUAGCAACUAAAUUCAGAUACUGGUGGCGAAAUCGAAGUAGCACUGAUGGACUUAGAUAAAUAGAAGUACAUCUACACCCAUGGCAAGAGAAAUGUGGCAAAGAAGAGUUUUUGUCACAUCCGAGAUGUACUAAACAGGGAGGCAAACGAGGCGUCGGACUGAAAGGGAGAGGACUCACCUUGCAGUUAUAAAACACACUGGGCAGUAUUACGUACAAUAGCAGAGAGCAGCUGCCUUAGUGACUAUAAGAUGGAGAGUCCGGAUGAGCUGGAUCAGCCCCUACUGAGUGACAAAAAGAACGAAACCUCCAGCGGUAGCGGGUUACUUAAGGUCAUCAUGGUUAAGUGUGAGGAAGCCAAGAUGAUCCCCACUCCGUCCUGGAGGAGGGACCGCGCUCCGUCGGAGCUCCGUCAGCAGCAGCUGUUAGACGCACGCUCUCUGCCGUGCGACACGGAGGCCCUCUACCCCGCUGGCCCCGCGUGGGGGCUCACAGGCUCCACAGGACUACACAGAAAUCACUGCAUGGAGACAGCUUUUGUGGACAUGGGUCCUGGGUCCACACUGGAAAGGAAACUGCUGGAGGAUGGGAGGGAUAACCACAGCAUCGGCUACUGCACGGACGAGGAGGAUCUGGUGCCAUCUUUUGAGGAGUCCUCCAGUGAUGACUACAGCGAUACGGAGACUGAAAGCAGCUUCUCCCUCGUGAUCCCUCAGGAUUACCUGGGUCUGGCCGUCUUCGCCAUGCUCUGCUGCUUUUGGCCACUAGGGAUUGCUGCUUUCUACCUUUCACAGAAGACAAACAAAGCCUCGGCACAGGGGGAUUUCCAGAGAGCCAGCUUGGCCUCACGUCAGGCCUUCUGGCUGGCUGUACUGUCCAUCAUCUUUGGCAUCAUCACAUACGUCUGUGCUGUCGCCACCCUCGUCUCCUACCUGUCGGGAAAGCCCCCUUAAGACACACAUUCCAGCCGUACUUCUUACUUCUCAACAUACGAAAACCUGUAAAUAUACAAGUACCCUCCUAUCCAAGACACGCACUUUAUCUGGAUGCCAGAAGCCCCCAAAGGAGUGGACUGAAAGCCAUGCCAAGGAUAUGUCUCACAAUACAAAGGAUUGAUAUUUAUGACUAACAUUUAACUGGACCAAAGGUUUUCCACUAAAACAGUAAUAAAAACUUGUAGUGCAACCUGUUAUUCACUGAUCUUCUUACAGAAAACUGCAGCUAGUAUCAUGCUCUUAUGACAAUAAUGAGUCAUAAUGUAGGUCAGUAAUGUGACUGAUGUGUAGGUCAGUAUUUUAAGGAUUUGUACCUGUAUCUGGAAGGUUGCGAGUUUGAAUCCUUGCUCUCAUACCUGUGUGUCAGUAUUUCUCAAUUAGAGCAUGCUGGAAUAUGAAUCAACUGCCCAAUUUUGUGGAUGAAUAAACAACCAUUGUUCUAUUCUAA